GACCUCCAGCGUGGAGUGACAGGGCAGUUUGUUUCUCUGCCGUCGUAAGGGAUUUGCUUUCUCUGAGGCAUUGGGGUGUCGGAGGGCAACGUCUGAAUCAGGACUUUAUGUUAGCACUUUGUGUGGCGGAGCAGCUGAUGACCAUAGCGUAUGAGAGCGGGGUGAACCUCUUUGACACCGCUGAGGUGUACGCUGCUGGAAAAGCUGAAGUCAUACUGGGAAACAUCAUCAAAAAGAAGGGCUGGAGGCGAUCCAGUCUGGUUAUUACCACAAAGCUCUACUGGGGUGGAAAAGCCGAGACCGAACGAGGCCUUUCUAGGAAACACAUUAUUGAAGGUCUCAAGGGCUCUUUGCAGAGAAUGCAGCUGGAAUAUGUAGAUGUGGUCUUCGCCAACCGGCCCGACAGCAACACACCGAUGGAGGAGAUUGUCAGAGCCAUGACCUACGUGAUAAACCAGGGCAUGUCCAUGUACUGGGGAACCUCACGAUGGACAGCUAUGGAAAUAAUGGAGGCGUACUCUGUAGCGAGGCAGUUUAACCUGAUUCCUCCAGUGUGUGAGCAGGCGGAGUAUCAUCUCUUCCAGAGGGAGAAGGUCGAGGUUCAGUUGCCGGAGCUCUACCAUAAGAUAGGUGUGGGCGCCAUGACAUGGUCCCCUUUAGCCUGUGGGAUCAUCACUGGAAAGUAUGAAAAUGGUAUCCCAGAAUCCUCUAGGGCAUCUAUGAAGUCGUACCAGUGGCUGAAAGACAAGAUCGUGAGUGAGGAAGGACGAAAGCAGCAGGCGAAGCUGAAAGAACUCACUCAUAUUGCUGAGAAGCUUGGCUGUACUCUGCCUCAGCUGGCCGUAGCCUGGUGUCUGCGGAACGAGGGAGUGAGUUCAGUCCUGUUGGGAACCUCAAAUGCAGAGCAGUUAACUGAAAACCUGGGAGCCAUUCAGGUACUUCCAAAGAUGACAUCCCAUAUAGUCUCAGACAUUGAUCAUAUACUUGGGAACAGGCCAUACAGUAAGAAGGACUAUCGGUCCUAGUGGGUCCGGACACACACUCAUGGUGAAGGGAGAUGUGUGUGUGUGUGUAGCAGUGUUCGUGCCCUAGUGGUUCCUGCUCCAAAUCUGUUUCCAUCAUCGGUCUGACCUCUCUCUGAAGCCUUAGAGUGCCGUCCUCCAUAACCUGUACCUGCUGGUGUGCCUUUACACCCCAACACCACAGCGAGAAUCCCACGACUGGUGUCACCUUGCAGGAGACCUUACAUAAACACCCAUGACCCAUGCUUGGCCUCUGCUCUCAAAACCAUCAGCCACUGGGAUGCCUGCAGGUAUUAGCACACAGUGGAGGAACAGCGCAUGUCGCCCUCUUGUGUUCGAGUACAGCAACUGCAAACCUGUUUCACAGACUCGGACUCGGUGGAACAAUGUGCAUUCGUAAAGAUUCGAGCUGUUUUGCCUGUGCAAGAAUACCUGUAUGAUAUAUUAUGAGUGAUAUUUUAAUAGAGAAUAUGUGUGUUUGCUUCAUAAUGUGAGCCACAUGUACAUGUGGUGGAAAAAUAACUCAAUGCACACCUCGGACCUUGGAAAUUACUUGAAUGAGGGUAGCAUAUGUGAUUAUUGAACAUGCAACUGUAUUAUAAACCGACUUCAAUCCGCACUGCAUUAUAAUAUACAGUAUUAAAGUUAAUCUGACAUGCAUAGAGUAUAUUAUACCAGCAUCCUAAUGCAUUCAUGGUAAUGUUUGAUUAUAAAUGAGUGGCUUGAUUUUUCUUUAGUAACAGUAAGGAAGAAUUUAAUAAUUCAAGUGAUGCCCUUGUGAAAAAGAAGUGUGCUUAGUUGUAUUAAAUGUGCACUUGUAGUGUACUUCAAAUCCUAAAAGUAAAAAACUACUUCUAAUUUCAAUGAAAUUAAAGGCCACUUUCAGUUUCUUAACACUUAAUUGGACUUUUUAAAAGGUUUUACGGUACUUUAAAGUAAAUUUUAAAUCAGUAGGUUUCGAUAAUCUUUUGUCAUGCUUUAAAGAAGUACUUAUUUUGAUGUGUUGACUAACAUACCAAAGCAUAUCUAAAGUACUUGCUUAUAAUUAUUACAUUUAAAGUUACUAUAUUUUAAAUUACAAAUUUGCCAUUCAUUUACAAAUGUGUAAUU